UUACUAUUCCGCGCAAGGUGGAAUCGAGUCGAGAAAGAGCCACAGAGCGAGUGAGAGAGAGCAGCAGCAGCGAGUUGUUUCGCCCCAAGGAAAGAAAAUCUUUUUGGUCGAGAGAAAUUCUCGUGCGUGUGUGUGUGUGUGUCUUGACUGUGAGAAGAGUUGGUGCUUUGUAUAAUUUUAUUAUACGUUGCAGUUGUUGUUUGGGAGUCACUGCCAAGUAGGCUACUUUCCGUUCGAAACUUUGUAUCGUUUUGAUUGCUGCACACACACUACACAUUGUGUGUGUACGUUUGUCGAUCGCUUUUAAGCAGCAGAGAAGAAAAUCCCCCAUCAUCGUGUGUGUGUGUGUAUCUAUCGUUAGAGAGAAACACACACACACACACGUAUACGUAAGACGUUACGUGCUGCACCAACACACACACUUGCCCCGUUGAAAAAGCGUAACGGUGAGCGAGGCCCGGUCGCGAGAGGAAUGCCAAUCGCGAUCGAUUUCAUGGCCGUUCAUCCACCGCCGUCGUCGGCCGUCGUGCCAGGUCGCUAAAUCACAAACUUCUCAAUUUAUCAGUUCACAAAAAACCCAACAAUUCAAGAAAAGUACAACCAACCAACUCGACAAUCAGACAUUGGCCCAUUUGGUUCUUCUCGUCCGUCAGCGAGGAAAGUAUCCCGCCGUUAUCGGGACGAUAUGACCGAACAGCAACUGCCUCAAUCGAACGAUAUGAAUUCGGCAUCACCGCUCAGCAGUUCCUUUGUGACGUCGCACCGACGGCCCGAAAUGGUGGUCGGUCCGGUCGUUGGCUCCUCUUCUUCCGGCUCGUCGGUUUCAUCGGCCGUCACGUCGGCCAGUCCGGCUGCCAACAACAACAACAAUCUGCCCAGCUACAGGGAGCAGGCCGAAAUCCAUCAUCAGAUAAUGCAGCUCAAGCAGCAGCAGCAACUGCAGCAACAAGUCCUCCUUCAGAGGUACCAGGCCCAGCAGCAGCAGCUGGCCCACCAACAUGAGCAGCAAAUGCAGGAAUUUCUGGAACAGAAGAAGAAAGCGGAAGAAGAGGCUCGUCUGGAACGGGAGAGGCACGAAAAGGAGCGAUUGCUGGCCCUCAAGAACAAGGAGAAGCGCGAGCAGAGCGCCGUGGCUUCCUCCGAAGUCAAACAAAGACUGCAGGAAUUCGUGUUGAAUAAGAAGCAACGUGAAGCGGCAGCGGCGGCCGCAGCUGCCGGGAAUGGAACUGCCAAUGCGCCCAGCUCCUCGUCGGCCCCGUACCGAGCCUGGACUGGAGCUGUGCCGACCCUACCGGCCAGCCAUGGAUGCAGCAACAACAAAGGAUCCACCUCGCAAUUAUCCAGCGGAUUGGGCUCGUCGGGGAGCGGCAACAGCAGCAACGGCGUCGGUGGCAACAGUUCGUCGUGUUCAUCCUCUUCGUCCAGCGGCAUUGUCCAUCCUCAUCCCUAUCGCCAUCCGCUCCUUUCCGGCAAUUUCGACGACGACUUUCCUCUCCGCAAAACCGCGUCGGAACCCAACCUGCUCAAAAUGCGGUACAAACAUCGCGGGACGGUGGAGCGUCGCAACUGCAGUCCGUUGGUGGCCCGGCGGAGGGGUGGCGUACCUCACCACCACCUCUCGGCGGGUAGCGGCCCGGUCCUGCCUGGCCAUCAUCACCUACCGCCGCCGCCGCCGCUUCACCACCGCCAAGCCCCGCCACCUGCCCACUCGUCGUCGGUCGCCUUGGCCGCUAAGCGGAUGUCGCAGCUUACAAGUCAAGACACGGGUGGAAGCACUCCGGAAUCGCCUUCCGGUGCCGGAUCUCCGCUUGGCUCUCAUCAUCCUUCGUCAGGAGUUGUACCUGAGGAGAUCAGUCCGUCUCAGUACCACCUUAUGGCCAGUCAUGGUCAGGGAAGCAUUUCGGAUCUGACGCUCUAUUCUAGCCCGUCUUUACCCAACAUAUCUCUUGGGCGGCCCGCAAUAGCCAGCCAUCAUGCCGCCGAACCUCCCGGAUUGGCCAUGGUCAGCGAAGUGGUGGACAUGCGCGCAGCUUUCUCCGUCCGUAUGGGACUGCCGGCCACAGGAGCCGGCCAUCAUCCGCUUUACCAGCAACCGCAACCUCAGCACCACCCUCAUGCUCAUCCUCUCCAUCAACAUCACCACCUCCUCAUGCCGUCUGGCCCGCCUUUCUUCCCGCCGCCGCCGCUGGAUUCCGGCGGAGGCGACUACGUUUCCAGCGGAGGCAGUCCCGAAUCGCCCGGCUACAUUCAAAAGCAAAUGCAACUGCUGGAGCAGGCCGGCCAUCACACCCAAAUUCUGAUGAGCGGACUCUACAACGGCGCGCCCAUCACCGACGCACAGGUCGCCCAGGCGAGAUUGAACAAAUCAGGAAUGCGUCCGUUGGGACGGACGCAAUCGGCUCCUUUGCCGCUGGGCCACCCGCUGCUGCAGGGAGCCCCGCACGGAGUGAUGCCCACCGUGCCGUUGACGCAGCAGCAAUUCGACCAGUAUGUCCGCGAACGUCACAUCUACGAACAACAACACCAGCACAAUUUGCUCAAACAGCAAAUCCGCCAGACGGUCUUGACUCGGGCGGGUAGCCGGAGCCAAGUAGAAAACGUGGAGGAAGAAACGGAAGCGGCCGUGGCUCGAGAAAUGUCACGCGACCGCGAACGGGGUGCCCCUCUGCCGGAAGUCAUCGAUUUAACUGAGCACAAAUUGGAGGAAGAGGCCGAAGCCGACCGGCACUCUUCGCGGGACGGCCUUUCGCCCCUUCAGUUGCGCGUCUCCAGCACAAGAAGUUCCCUUCAAGCCAGUCCAGGUUCGGCCUUUGUUCCACGUGGCCAUCAUGUCGCCCGGCCGUUGUCUCGGGCAUUUUCCAGUCCUUUGGUCUCCCUCGACCCACCCGGUGCUGGCCCUUCCGGAGCAGGUGAGAGCGGAGGCGCUGUGGUGCCCAUGACUUUGGCGGCGGCCGGAUGGGGUCCGUCGGCCGGCGGUGCCAAGACGGGCAGCACCAGCACCGCGCUGGCCUACGACGGCCUCAUGUUGCGACACCAGUGCAUGUGUGGCAGCAACAGCGCCCACCCGGAGCACGGCGGCCGCCUGCAGAGCAUCUGGGCCCGUCUCCAGGAGACUGGAGCCGUCCACCGCUGCCUGCGGCUCCGCUCGCGCAAGGCCACGGCCGAGGAGCUCCAGUCGGUCCACUCUGACGUCUACACGAUGCUCUUUGGCACGGAACCCAUGCACCGUCCCAAGGUGGACGUCAAUCGCUUCGCCGAAUUGCCCAUGAAGAAUUUCGUCAUGUUGCCGUGCGGCGGCAUCGGCGUCGACUCGGACACGACCUGGAACGACAUCCACACGCCUUCCGCCGCCCGGAUGGCUGCCGGCUGCGUCAUCGAUCUGGCCUUUAAGGCUGCCAUGGGCGAGAUUAGGAACGGUUUCGCCAUCGUCCGCCCGCCCGGUCACCACGCCGAAGCCCAGCAAGCCAUGGGAUUUUGCUUCUUCAAUUCGGUCGCCAUAGCAGCCAAACAGCUCAGACUCAGGCACAAACUUGAGCGCAUCCUCAUCGUCGACUGGGACGUCCAUCACGGUAAUGGAACCCAGCAAAUCUUCUAUGAAGACCCUCACAUCUUGUACAUUUCCAUCCAUCGCCACGACGACGGUCAUUUUUUCCCUGGGACUGGUAACCCUCUUGAGUGCGGCUCCGAAGACGGAAUUGGAUUCAACGUCAAUAUCGCUUGGUCCGGUGGACUUAAUCCGCCAUUAGGAGACGCCGAAUAUCUGGCCGCUUUCCGCGCCCUUGUUAUGCCUAUUGCUCAAGAUUUCGACCCAGAAAUUGUUCUGGUUUCAGCUGGAUUUGACGCCGCAACGGGACAUCCGUCUCCUCUGGGCGGCUACCAAGUGUCGGCCGCCUGUUUUGGCUACAUGACGCGACAACUAAUGGAGUUGGCCGGCGGUAAACUUGUCAUGGCGCUCGAAGGUGGCUAUGAUUUACCGGCCAUCUGCGACGCCUCGCACGAGUGCGUCCGGGCCCUGCUCGGUGACGAGCCAGUGCCCAUUCGUGAAGAAGAACUCGCCAGGCGGCCGUGCCAAAAUGCCAUUGAUUCGCUCCAUAAAGUCAUUUCGAUCCAGCAACCUCACUGGCCCAUUAUCAAGCGCUACGCCUUUUCCGUCAGCCUGUCGGCGUACGAAGUCGAAGGAGUAGGCCGGUCGCGUAGUUUCAGCGGCGGCAAUGGAGCCGGAUCGCUGGAAGGCGGCGAGGACAGCGAAACACUUUCAGCCAUGGCCGGCCUCUCGGUCUGCCGCACUGAUAGCAGCAAAAGCAUCGCGUCCUCGUCCAGAGAAUUGUCACAAGAGCCGAUGGAUCAAGACGAAUCUAAGUGAAACGGAAUCUAAAAAAGAAGAAAAACAAAAUGAAUUCUUGUGUUUUUGUUUUAGUGUUAAUUGGAAGGGGGUGGGGGAUUUAUUUGAAAAGCGGACAAAGAAGCCCGAACAGAGAAAGAAGAAUAUUUUGAGAGAAAAAUGGUGCUAUUUUUUUUUAUUAUUCAAGUUUUUUAGCGCCGUUAAACGUACAGAACAUACAGAGUUGGCGAUCUCGUUUGUGGGCCACGGAAUAGUUUUCUUUUUUUUUCUGUUUUGUUUUUGGUUUUGUUUUUUUGGUUUAUUUUUCGUGUGCGUGUUUUUUUUUUUUUUUUUGUUUUUCUAAAAAAUUGGAAGAUUUAAGGCGGGGGAGGGGGUGGAGACGAAAAGUGAGACGGAAAUCAUUCCACGCAUCAAUACGAUUGGGAUAUAUAUAUAUAUAUUUACAUAAACAAUGCAUAUUAUACAUAGGCAUACAAAUCAAGAGGGAAAAAAUGAAACGACGAAGGGUCGGUUGAUGAUCGGUAGACGACCUUUCUUUUUUUCUGUUAUGUUGUUGUUGUUGUUGUAUCCUUCUUUUUACUCCCCCUUCUCUUUUGUCUAUUCUCUGUUUGUUUUAUUAUUAUUAUUUUCAAUUUACAAUGGUCCAACACUUGCUAUCAAUCUUAGGAUAUUUUUGUCAAGGAAAGUAAAUCAUUUGAUGGAGGGCAGAGAAGGGACAUGUAUGCACUCAAUUAAGCGGUGGACAAACCAACCAAAAUUUCGUUACGAACAGACACAGAUUUAAUGUUGCGCAUUUUACGCCCAAAGAAACAUGGAACUUGAUGUACCAGUGAGUUAUCCUAAUUUUUCGUUUUUGUUUUUCAUUUUCUUUUUUAAUUUACUGAAAGCUGAGAUGUAAAAAGCCACGAUUGGCUGCAAUGUUGAUUUCUGUUGAAUUUUUUUUUUCCUUCUUUUGUCUUUUUCUUUGACGUCCUUCAUUAUUACACACGCACAAAAUACAGUCCCACCCGAAAUC